UUUAGUAAGACGCUGUCCACAUGCACACAGCAGUCAGACACUUGACAUGGUCCGAGAGUGAAGACGCAACUACCCGGGCGAGACCAGAUUUGUGGAGUUUCCUAUACGUACGCAGCGAUCGAGAGGCCGCAAAAGACCAUAGAUCUGCGGCUGGGAUCAAACACGCUAUGGAAUCAUGAUAUCAGCUGAGGAUGAUGAAGAGUUCGAUGAGACUGGUGAACAGUAUGCCACUGACACCACCUGGAGCUGGGUAAAGUGAAUUGUAAAACCAUCUGCAUGUGUGGAAGAAAAACCGAAGCAUGGAAAUGUGGGGGGGAAGAGAGUACACAGAGAGUGAAAUGAGGAAAGUACUGCAACUGGUUCCUAUAGUGCAGAGACAGUGAGACUGCGUGUGCGUGUUUCAGUAAUCCCUGUAACCUUGUAAAAUAUUUCUGCCCAAGAUGAAACUUGUGGAGGAGAAGGAGAUAGCGGGUGUGAAGGGGACUGCGAUGGGUGCGUGGCUAGGAAUAAAACAACACAUUUGUCCUAAAAGACGACAGCUUUCAACACAGACUCAAUAGCCUUCAUUGGGUGAGACCCGUCAGACCAUGAACUACGUGGGGCAGUUGGCGGGCCAGGUGUUCGUCCAGGUCAAAGAGCUGUACCGGGGGCUCAAUCCCGCCACCCUCUCCGGCUGCAUUGAUGUGAUCGUGGUGAGACAGCCCGACGGCUCCCUGCAUUGUUCGCCCUUCCACGUACGCUUCGGCAAGAUGGGCGUCCUGCGGUCCCGAGAGAAAGUGGUGGAUAUAGAGAUCAACGGAGAACCAGUGGAUCUACAUAUGAAGCUCGGGGACAACGGAGAGGCGUUCUUCGUGCAGGAAACAGAAAAUGAUCAGGAAGUGGUUCCCUCCUACCUGGCCACCUCGCCGAUCAUGUCGGACGGCGCCGCUCUCAUGAGCUCGUCCCUGAUGGGGAAUAGCUUCGGGCCGCCCCUGCAAACCCUGGGCUCCGCGGGGGGCAACGGAGAGACCGGCGGUGGGAUGAUGAUGAUGAUGAAGAAGAGGAGGAAGAGGAGGAGGAAGGCUCGGGCGGACAGCGUGAGGAGGGAGGAGAGCGGAGACUACUCGGAGGACCAAGACAUGUUCACCAUAGACAUCAGCUCUGAUGAGGGCGCAGAGAUGGAGAACAGCAGGUCAUCUAGGGAUGUCUUAAGAGACGAGACGACCGUUGGUCCGACCAGUGGUUCCUACAAACAGGCUGGACUCUACACCCGGUCAGAUGGAGAGUGGAGUCCCAUCCAAAGCCCUGGGAACUCUCGCCCCACGUCUCCCAAGAGCGACUCUGAACUGAUGACCAAGCCGUCAGAUGCCGACAACCAGAAUCCAGCCAUGCAUUGGGCAUGGGGAGAGCUGCCACAGGCUGCCACGCCAUCCUUCCUCGCAGUGAAACCCAACCCUCCACUAGUGUGUCCUGUGUCCAUCCCCGUGUCUGAAAACACACAUUUCCGCGUGAUCACUCACGAGCCGUCUUCAGAGCGGUGCGGACCCCCCUCUGAGUUAUCAGCACUCAGGCUGCUGAAGUCUGAGGAGAGCGCAGUCACAGAGGAGACGGUCGUCACAGUCGGGAUGGAGUCUGAAUCCAUGAGGAUGGAGUCCCAGACAGUCAGUUCAGAGACACACCUUACGACAGUGGAGAGUGUCGCUGCUCGUAUGAUGGCCGACAUGGAGGAGACAAUGCCGCGUCCGCAUGGCAAGACUGACUCUCCUAGCAAGAGUAAAGACAAGCGGAGUCGCCAUCUUGGCUCUGAUGGGAUUUACCUGGAUGACAUCACAGAGCUCGAGCCCGAGGUGGCAGCCCUUUACUUCCCUAAGAGUGACGGCGGCGCAGCAGUGAGGAGCAUGUCAGACCCGGGCCUCCACAGCACCAGUCUGUCCCCACAGUCGCUCAGCUCAGGAGGAGACAGCGGCUUGGACAGCUACUGUGACCACAUGUCCGACCUGCCGUCUAUCGCCAUCUCUCUGUGUGGAGGACUCACUGACAACAGGGAGAUCACUAAAGAGCAGUUCCACGCAAAGAUCAUCUCCUACCAGCAGUUCGUAGAAAAUCCCUCCAUCAUCGACGACCCCAACUUGGUUAUAAAAAUAGGCUCCAAGUACUAUAAUUGGAGCACCGCGGCUCCACUUAUGCUGGCUAUGCAGGCGUUCCAGAAGCCUCUGCCAAAGGCUGCAGUGGAAAACAUCAUGAAGGAGAAGAUGCCCAGGAAAGGAGGGAGGUGGUGGUUCUCCUGGAGAGGCAGAAACAGCGGCAACAAAUCGGAUUCAAUGUCUGAAUGUGGGGCCUGUGGCUCUACUGAGCUGGCCGGGGAAAUGACGAGCAGGCACAAAGAAGAGUCGUCCUCAAGUGAUGAAGACCACAGAGCAGCCAGCCAGACCUCUCCCGCCGUCCAAUCAGAGGCCGGGCUCGCAACAGGAGGCGUGUCCUAUAAGAAGACACUGCGACUCACAUCAGAGCAGCUGAUGUCCCUCCAGCUGCAGGACGGUCCCAAUGACGCUGUGUUCAGUGUGACCACUCAGUACCAGGGAACCUGUCGCUGUCAGGGAACCAUCUACCUCUGGAACUGGGAUGACAAGAUAAUUAUCUCAGACAUAGAUGGAACCAUCACCAGGUCAGACACGCUGGGUCACAUCCUGCCCACUCUGGGGAAAGACUGGACGCACCAGGGGAUUGCACACCUCUACCACAAAGUCAGCCAGAAUGGCUACAAGUUCCUGUACUGCUCAGCUCGAGCCAUCGGCAUGGCUGACAUGACCAGAGGAUACCUCCACUGGGUCAACGAGAGGGGCACCAUGCUUCCUGUGGGCCCCGUCCUCCUGAGCCCCAGCAGCCUGUUUUCAGCCCUGCACAGGGAGGUGAUUGAGAAGAAACCAGAGAAGUUCAAGGUGGAGUGUCUAACUGAUAUCAAGAACCUCUUCUACCCCAACAGAGAGCCUUUCUAUGCAGCGUUUGGCAACAGACCAACGGAUGUGUUUUCCUAUAAAGAAGUGGGAGUGCCACUGAACAGGAUAUUUACAGUUAACCCCAAAGGCGAGCUGGUGCAGGAGCACGCCAAGACCAACAUCUCAUCCUACGCACGUCUCGGUGAGGUGGUGGACCACGUGUUCCCCCUGAAGAUGCGAGCCUCCACCUCAGACUUCCCCUGCGCAGACACGUUCAGCCGCUUCACGUACUGGAGGGAUCAGCUCCCCCGGGUGGAUCAUCAGGGAACUACACCUCCACAGACUCCUGGCUCCCGCAGCUGACGACCGCCUGCCGGGCGACGCCUCGCGGGCGACGCCUCGUGGGCGGAGCACUGAGUGACUGACGGUGCGCUUGAGAUGUAGCAGCCAUUUGGAAAGUGACGGUUACACGUGUGUGUGUGUGUGUGAUAAGAAUUUUUGUAGAUUUAUAGUGAUGGAUGGAGCACUUAGUGCACAGUAGAGAGUCAACUUAGUAGGCCAGUCUGCUGUUUGUAGUCUUAUAAUGCACAUGGACGUAAGCGCACUUUGAUCAAAAGAUGGCCCCCGAUGUCAUCUGACUAGAUGUAUGUAUAUGAGAAAUGAUAAUAAUUUAUUCAGGCAGCUUAGCACAUAUUAUUUUGGAGUGACUGUUGAUUAUUUCAACAGCCAGACUUUCUAUUUAUGCACACAGUUUCAUACUAUACCUGGCGCUUCAUAGAGAACGACAACCUCACUGUGCAUACUUCAGAAAGCAAGUCACUUGAACUUGUGCCAAAUAUAGAAUAUAUUUUCCUACUCUAAACUUUUGUUUUUGCAGUCAAGACUGUUAAAGAUCGUCAAUUAGCAUGGAAAUGCAAAUCAAUACAUGCAAGCCCGUUUUUACUUCAUUGCAACAUACUGUAUUAUUUCUAUUCUGUUUGAAAGAAAUCAGUCAAAUCAGAACUGUCGAGAUGUAUCACAGAGCGCAAUGUAUAUAUGAGCGUCUAUGUAGCUUCAUUAGCAAACAAAAUAACAAGGUUGGUUUUAUACACAGCUUGAAUGGAUAUGUUUUGUUUAGACAAAGUGAUGCAAAUAAGAAAAGAAAGCACAAUCAUUUAUAAUACCACCGCCAGUUUUCUCUGUAUGGGCGAGGAGAAAGGCUGAAUUAGUUUCCUUUUGAUCAGAAUGUCAUUACUGUGUAGGCCUUCUUGAGGCCUCUUUUAAUUUAUUUAAAGUUUGUGCAGAAACACAUCGAUCAACCCACUUUAUGAUUUUAUAAAUCGCAUUGGCGAGCAACUGACUGACCUUAAAAUGUAGCUCACAAUUGGUUCUUUUACUGUUUCGUUACUGCCAUUCCUUGUGGAAUAUGACUCAAGGCAAAACCCUACUCUGGAAAUCCUCAUCAGACUCGCUCGCUGCAGCCUAGCAAAGGCAGCAGGCCGUAUUCUUAAAAAAUGAAUGUCUGACCUGUUUUCUGAUUGACAGACAUUUGAAGAGGAAUCCUUAUUUCUUACAACACCAUGGACAAUAUGAGGUCAUUAAUGUGAGCUGCUGUCAUGGCCAUAUUGUGAAUAAAACCGCCUGAACAUUACAGUAGCUGCAAGAAACCUACAGUUUAUGAGAGGAUGUAUAUAUAUAUAUAAGGCUUUAUAAACGUUGAUAUUAUUCUUUCCAUGAAAGAGCUCAAAUCGCCUGGAAGUGUUUUCUUUUUUUGCCUUAACUGUGAACACGAUCAAUAAUUUGCUCGUUCACUUUCUUCUUCCGCUCCGUCGACCAGUUCACUGUUAAGUCGGUGUAAUCGAACUCAAUAAAAAUGCCUCAGAACAGCAA